AUGGAAGUCAUUGUCAUCACCGUGUAUUUGAGUAUAUUCUGUGUUUUCGGAACAGUCGGAAACGGCAUGGCUUUUUUCAUAUACUAUAGAAAGAGGGAAAAAGGAACAUCAACAAUUUUUAUACUGAGCCUAGCUGUGACGGAUUUUCUUACAUGUCUUAUAGCGAUUCCUUUUACCAUAACAUCUGAACUUCUGAACUUCAAGCAUAUGUAUGAUAUUGUUUGCAAGAUGUACCUGUUUGUUCAAACAUUUAACAUCCCCUUAUCAUCUCUCAUCAUGGUUGCAAUUGGAUUUGACCGCUACUUUUGUAUCUGUCACCCAUUUAUGCACGCUGUCACUGUAGCCAGGGCUAAAUGGUGUGUUGCUGUCCUUACGCUGAUCUCGGCAUUGCUUGGUCUGAUACCAAUGUUGUCACACAGUGUGUAUUACAACUCUGCAAAAACUCUGAACAUGAGUGUCGACAGCACGCCGGUUUUGCUUACCUCGAGUUUACUUUCAAGACGAAUACAAACCGAGAGUCAAGAAGCUUCGUCUGUUAUUAUUUCAAACGAAACAGAUGUAUUUACUGGUUUGUAUAUUCAUCCAGCGCCUGGCUUUAUUGAAGACAGUAUUCAGUAUGGUGAGCAAAUUGGCUUAGAAAGCAAAGACAUAUCUAUUAUAACCUCUACAUUAAUUCCAAUUACCUUAUUCAACACGAGUAACAGUUCCAAAGCUAUCAUCCUCAAAGAAAAAACUUCGUUUGUUCAGGUUAACCAAACAGUAUGGGAAUUCACCGGAAUUUGCAGUCCAACGCAUGACAUUUUAAGCGAAGAAUUCAUUGGCAAAUAUCUAAAGAUUUAUGCUUCAAUAUAUUUAGUUGAAUUUAUUGUUUUGGCAAUUCUUUAUGCUCUAAUAUAUAGAUCCAUUCUAGUCAGAAGAGCGUGGAAAAGCAAAAGAAAAAGAAGCUGCUAUACAAGCUCGAAUGGACCAGAAACUGUGGCCGAGGAGACACAGCUUACAAAUAUCAAUGGGACGGCUACAGAAACAGUCUUAUUGAAAACUGGACGCAUGUCCACUGCAAUGAGAGAUCGUGCUCUUUAUGCCAACAUUAAAACAGCAGCAAUGUUGUUUGUAGUAACAGUUGUAUUUGUAAUAUCGUUUCUUCCCUCCUGGCUGAUGGGUUUAAAACUUCUCCCUUUUAGUACUAUUGUCUUCUAUAUGUUCUAUAUUAAUAAUGUAGUUAAUCCCAUUAUAUAUGCCUUUAUGAAUCGCUCCUUUCGCGAUGACUUAAUUCAAUUACUGAAGAGUUGCUUUUAA